ACCUAGCGUCAAACAGAGUAGUUCCAAUGGGGUUUACACCAUUAAUUGUUCCCAUAGGGAAUUUUUAGAAACACUUAAUAAGGGCUGUGUUUCGGGUAGACUUACCCUGACUUGACGUUUUGAUAACCAUGUAAAUCUCUCUCGGAUAUGGUGACUUUGAUCAAUAUAGUCGGCUGUAUUUACACUCGGAUUCGAAAACGCUAAUUGGCAUCAUGCAAGACUACAAAUCCCUGCAAGCUCCUGCACGUCAUCUCUAGCUGACACCUUUGCUAACAGGUAUUGUGCACAGGAGGUUGGUGGCCGCUUAAUUAGGGAAGAUGGCCUCGUGGUAAUGGCUAGAAUUUUUUUGCGGGUAAAUACAGGCGAAUAUAUUGACAGUCUCCUUGGCCUAGAGAUUUACACGGUUAUCAAAAUGUCACGCCAAGCUCUUAGUUUAAAAAAAAAAAAAUGCCUAUGGGAAGAAUGUAUGAAGGAAAACCUAUUGGAUCCAUUUCCCUGUUUGACUGCUAGGUUUUAUGGGUAGUAUAACUCAUACCGUGGUACUCUAUUGUCGCUGAGCGUUGAAUGACCUGAAAAGACUAGGGGGCGUGGACUCGAUUCUCCACACGCCCAGCAUAACCUAUUUAACGGCAUCAGCGACGACUAUUAAUUACAUUGUUUACUUCUGUUCAUCUGUCAUUGCAAUGGCACAAGCCGAUUCAAGAAACGAAGUAGCAGAGCGCAUUGGAUACAUCACACGAGUCCAGAGUUUCAGCGCGUGCCAUCGAUUGCACAGCCCGACGUUGAGUGAUGAGGUAAACAAGAGGAUAUUUGGGAAGUGCAACAAUCCCAAUGGCCAUGGACACAACUAUAAAGUAGAGGUGACGGUACGGGGAAAGAUCGAUCGUCACACAGGCAUGGUGAUGAACAUUACAGAUCUGAAGCAACACAUUGAGGAAGUCAUCAUGAUUCCGUUGGACCAUAAAAACCUGGAUAAGGACGUCCCUUACUUUGCUAAUGUUGUCAGCACAACAGAAAACGUGGCUGUAUAUAUCUGGGACAACAUGGUCAAGCAGCUACCAGCCAAUCUUCUCUACGAGGUCAAGAUUCACGAGACUGACAAGAACAUUGUUGUAUAUCGAGGAGAAUAGCCAGCCACCUUCAGUACCUUGUAAUUAGUACGAUCUUUACUAAUAUAUAUUAUGUAGUAUGCACAUCUCACGUUUGAGUUCAUAGAUGGACUUAUGCGAUGUGUUAUGAUGGUAUUAAAGUGCAGAGUUGAGGUUAUACUAUUGAAUAGUAUUGUGCAUCAUUUGCUGGUGCAAUCCACUCUACAACUUUGUUACAAUAAUAAAUGGAAUAAGCUCAAAUUUAAACAA